AUGUCACGUAGUUCAAAAAAAAAAGAGGCCGCAGAAGCCAAAGGGUUAUUAAACCAAUUUCGAUCGUUUGACGUAUUAUUUGUUUUAACAUUUCUUGAUAACCUUUUAUCAACUAUCAACGUACUUUCAAUACAUUUACAAUCUUCUUAUCUCGAUAUAAUUAAGUGUUUAAAUUUAAUUGAUGCUACAAUAAAAGAGCUUCAACGUUUACGUUCGGAUGAAUUUUUCAAUAACUUUUAUAAAAAAGCUCAAAUUAUGGUUUCAGAUUUAAAUAUUUCUAUGGAUAAUUAUGAAAAAAGACAGAAAAAUAUUAAUACAUUAAGUGAUUAUGUAAUAACUUCAACAAUUGGCUUAAAAUGUAAUAAAACUACGACUCAAAAAUUUCGAAUUAUGUAUUUUACAGUAAUAGAUAAUAUGUUGAGCGAAAUGAAAAAAAGAUUUAACAACAAUUCAGAAUUUUCAACUGCUAUUUCAGUAUUCAAUCCGAUAUCGACCAACUUUUUAAAUGAUGAUUUUGUUUUAAAGUGUAUAAAUUAUUAUGGAGAUGAUAAUUAUUUCUCUGACCAAGUAAUAAGUCAAAGUAAAUUAGCAAAAAAUAUGUACAGUAGUUGUAAAAAUAUCAUAGAUUUUUACAACGAAAUAUGCAUUAUGGGGCAGUCAUUUGGAGAAAUUAAAAAAGUCAUUGAACGAGUGUUAGUUAUACCUGUAAGUUCAGCAUCGGCCGAAAGAAGUUUUUCAACAAUGAAAAGGAUAAAAACUUAUUUACGAACAUCUAUGUCUACUACACGUCUUCAUAAUUUAGAGUUAAUUUCUAUUGAGAGGGAGUUAAGUUUCGAAUUAAUUCGUGUGGGCAAGUGGGUGUCGCUCUGCUGUACAGUAGGUUACAAGUGGGUCAUUGUAUAA